AUGAUUUUACUGCAAAAACCUUUUAAUGGACCCAGAUUGAGUAUUACUGAGACUCGAGGAUCAGUAUUCUUUUUGAUUGGUAUAUUAUGUUUGGUAUUUUUCGACCACGACUACAGUCAUGGGGAGACGGAGCAUCCUGAAGGGGUUCAUAAAAGUUUCCUGAUCCAUCAUUUAUAUGAAUUAUUUGUAAACUUUGGACUUUCAGAUCACAAGGUUGGUGUUGUUGUCUUAAUCAGUGCUGUUUGUUUGGACGCUGGGCUAGCUUCUAUUUCUAGGACGUUAGUGACAUCUCUCGGAGGUGCUAAACGUUUAUACAGCCUUUCUGCGUUAAUCAGCUUCAUCAUCUUGAUUCCAUUAUUCCUUCUUACUCACUUCUUAAGCGGAAGUUCCAUUCACGUCGAGGAACAGUCAAAUCUCUUGAAUAUGGUAGAAAAUGUUGAUAAUCCAAUAUCUCAUGAAUCAUCCCAAAGCAUUCCACAAAGAGAUUGGCUAUUUUGGAUGGUUUUUACAAGUAUUAUGCAUGUAAUCGAUUUCUAUGUGACCAGUCUAGUUAGUGGACGACUUGGUGCACAAUCAGUGACUCGUCUUGCUAAAUUGACCGUUGUUAUAACCAGCCUCGCAUUCAGCCUUUUAUGGACAUCUUCAGAUUCUGUUGGACAAUUUGUUUCAUCUGAUCAUAAUGAGAUUCAUGUGAAUAGUUUCUUACUUAAGCAUCAAAUUUCUGUUGGAGUAUUUGUUGCAGUUGUUUGUAUUUUAUAUGCUUCAGAUCUUUUAACUACAGAUAAAUCUGGUUAUGGUCCAGAAGGUAUUUCAAGUGGUCAUUUUAUUGGUUAUUCCAUGGCUGGUUUACCUUUAUUUACUGCUGGACAAACACCUACACAUGGUGCUGCUUUUUUAACGCAUUCAGAUGAAUUUGGUCUAUGGUAUCAUUUACGAGCUACUUUUCAUGGCAUUUUAACUGGACAAGCUUCACGUCGCAUUUUCGCAUUCUUAUGUUUAAAUUUAGCUUUUACAUUUGUAGAACUUUUCUAUGGUGUAUGGACGAAUAGUUUAGGUUUAAUUUCUGAUGGUUUUCAUAUGUUAUUCGAUUCAGCAGCACUUGUAGUAGGAUUAUACGCUGCAGUAGUAUCACAUUGGAAACCGACACGUAUAUUUUCAUUUGGAUAUAACAGUGCAGAGAUUCUCUCUGGACUUGUCAAUGCAUUAUUCCUAUUGGUUAUAUCCGGAUCAGUAUUUGUCAAUGCAGUUGUGCGUAUUCAUCAACCACCAGAUAUUAAAACUGACAAAUUAUUGGCUGUAUCUGUUUUAGGCUUACUUGUAAAUAUUGUUGGUGUUGUCGCUCUGGGUCAUGCUCACAGUCAUGGGGGCCAUGGUCACAGUCAUGGAGGACAUGGCCACAGUCAUGGUGGACAUAGUCACAGCCAUAGUCAUAGCAGUUCUCACGGUCAUAGUCAUGGUGACAGCUCUCAUGGACAUUGUCAUAAUCACGAGAAUAGUCACAACCAUAGUCGAAAUCAUAGUCACAGUCCAAACAAAUCUCAUUCUCAUCACUCUGAUCAUGAGCCUACUGUAGCAGUUCAUGAUGAAGAACUUCAUUAUGGUCAUACGUGCGGACAGCAGCGUCAUUGUGGAUCACAUAAACCACAUAAAUCUGAAACAGAAGAUGCUAACCUACGAGGUGUGUAUUUACAUGUACUUGCUGAUACUUUAGGUAGUGUCAGUGUAAUAUUUAGUUCAUUUCUAGUGACUACUUAUGGUUGGAAUAUAGCUGAUCCUAUUUGUUCAAUGUUUAUUGCUUGUGUAAUUGGUUAUUCAGCGAUGCCUUUAUUGAAUGAUACACUUAGUUUGCUUACUUUAAAAGUACCAGAUGAAUUUAAUUCUAAAUUAAUGGUUAAAAAAAUAUUACAAGUGGAUGAAGUUGUUUCUGUUUCCAAUCCAUUCAUUUGGACGCAUACACAUAAUUCUGUUUGUGUUUGUGUAACAGUUCGAAUUCAGUCCAAUGCUUCAGAACAAGUGCUAUUACGAAAGACUUUUUAUUUUCCCACAAUUCUCCUCUAUAUCUGUGUUCUUUCAAAUGUGACUGAUUAA